UAUGUUUACACCGCCGUUGUUUGUAUCAUUCCAAGUCCUUUUGCUGUCGGCCAUUUCUUUGUGCGGUUGAGCGUGUCAGAAAACUGACAACUAGCACGGAUCCAUCAUGUUGAUGCCCAAGAAAGACAUCAUUGCUAUCUACGAUAAGCUGUUCCAGGACGGCGUCAUGGUUGCGGAGAAAGAUUUCCACCUGGCGUCACACCCUGAAUUCGAGAACGUACCCAACCUGCACGUGAUCAAGGCCUGUCAGUCGCUCAAGAGCCGCGGCUUCGUCAACGAGCAGUUCGCGUGGAGACACUACUACUGGUACUUGACGAACGAGGGCAUUGAGUUCAUCAGAGGAUACCUCCAUGUUCCGUCGGAAUGCGUGCCGAACACCCUUGUCAAGAAACUGAAGAGCGAGGAAAUCGGUUCUCGACGCAGCGCCGGUCCGAAAGCUCAGGAAGGCAAGGAUGACCGUGAAGCUUACCGCCACGCACAAUCCGACGAGAAGAAGGACGUCGGCGCCGGAGAAAGCGAGUUCCAAUUCCGAGGAGGUUACGGACGAGGAAAGCCAGCUCAGUGAUCAUGAUUUUCGCUGAGGGGCUUUUGGAAUAAAAUCUGUCUCUGAGGGA